AUGGGGAAACCUCCGGGCUUCGGGUCGCGCGUCUCGGGGUGGUAUACGAAGGUCAGCGACUUCAACGUCGAGUCGCUUUUCUCGCGCAAGCGGGAACCGGGCCCUAAGCGCUCGGUGUAUGUGAACCAGCCGCUGCCGGACGACUACCGGGAUCACAAGGGGCGUAUUAAGAAGGAGCACACAUACGCGACGAACCAGGUCAUCUCGUCUAAAUACACCAUCAUCACCUUCUUGCCGCGCAAUCUACUGGAGCAGUUUAGGAGGGUAGCCAAUGUCUUCUUCCUGGCUAUCGCCAUUCUCCAGUUCUUCUCCAUCUUCUCAACCAUCUCCCCCGGUCUUGUCAUCCUCCCCCUGCUCAUCGUGCUCGGCAUCACCGCGGUCAAGGACGGAUACGAAGAUGUGAAGCGCCACCAGUCCGAUCGGCAGGUCAACCACUCACCCGUGCUCAUGCUCGAUGACGCAGAGUGGGAGAACCCGAACGCAAUGCAAGCGAAGGAGAGCUCGCUCGUCCAUAGCCUGCCAAGCUUUUCCUCCCUCUUUCGCCUCCCACGCUGGACGAAGCCGCUGUCGUCCGAUCCCGAGGAGGAUGAGAAGGCGCCGCCACCUGCCCCUUCCCGCCGCGACUCGCUGCGCUCUAUAUUCAGCCGCACCCAGGGCCGAGCGUCACACUGGGUUGAGGGCGUAUGGGAAGAUAUCCGCGUUGGUGACUUUGUCCUCAUCCGCGACAACGAAGCCGUCCCCGCCGACGUGCUCAUCUGCGCCACCUCCGAGGACGAGAACGUAGCCUACGUUGAGACGAAGAAUCUGGACGGCGAGACAAAUCUCAAGUCUCGCCACGCCGUGCCCUCACUCACGCACCUGCGCACUGCUGAAGACUGCAUCAGCAAGGCGAAUAGCUUCCGCGUCGACUGCGAUCGUCCGGAGACGAACAUGUAUCGCUUCAACGCUGCUGUCGUAACCGAGAGCGGGACCACUGCGGUCGAUCUGCAGAUGACUCUGCUGCGUGGCACGGUCUUGCGAAAUACACGAUGGGUCAUCGGCUUGGUGGUCUUCACUGGCGAGGACACGAAGAUCGUACUGAACUCGGGCGGCACGCCGAGUAAGCGGUCAAAGGUCGAGCGUCAGAUGAACCCGCAGGUCCUGAUGAACUUGGCCCUGCUCGCCGCCAUGGCCGUCGCGUGUGCAAUCGCGGACGCGCUCAUUGAGCAGGACCUGUAUCCGAAGGGCGCGCCUUGGCUUUACGGUGCCAACAAGAGCGACGAUAAUCCCAGGAUCAAUGGGCUAAUCACUUGGGCGUUCGCGUUGAUCACGUUCCAGAACAUCGUACCGAUUUCGCUGUACAUCUCCAUCGAGUUCGUUCGCACAUGUCAGGCCGCCUUCAUCUACUUUGAUGCCGAAAUGGUCUACAAGAAGACCGGUCAAGCGACGCUAGCGCGCAGUUGGAACCUAUCCGACGACCUUGGCCAGAUCCAGUACAUCUUCUCGGACAAGACCGGUACUCUGACGCAGAACUCUAUGAUCUUCCGGCAAUGCUCGAUAGGCGGCAAGGCAUACUACGGGGAUCCUGACCCAGACGCCGAUGAAGAGGAAGAGGUGACGUCUGCACCGCCGGCGACCGAUGGCGAGGAGAAGCAGGCCACCUCGUCGGAGAAGCAUGACCAGCGGCCUAACAGCGGCGGUUCCUCCACCAUGUCGCCGGCGUCCCAUACGGACGAGGACCUCAAGGUCCCGAAUCCGGCCAAGGCUCCCGGAGUCAAGCUCGCCGGCAACGUCCUUCACCACUUCCGUGAUGAAGAGCUUGCCCGCGACUUGCAUUCUGCCGUCGAUUCGGAGAAGGAUCCAAUUCACGCUCGCGCAUUGAAUGGCUUCUUCUCCGUCUUGGCGCUCUGCCACACUGUCCUCACCGCUACCGACCCGGAGACUGGCGCCAUCGAGUACAAGGCACAGUCUCCCGAUGAAGCCGCACUUGUCCAGGCCGCAGCCGAUAUGGGAUACAUAUUCCGCGGCCGCGACAAGGAGAUUCUGUCGCUGCAGACCCCGUUCAGCGAUGAGUACGAGCGCUACGAGCUUCUGAAUAUCCUUGAGUUCACCAGUGCUCGGAAGCGUAUGAGUGUUGUUGUGCGGAAGCUGGACGAGGAGGACCAUCGGCUGCUUUUGUUGACGAAGGGCGCGGACAACAUCAUCUUCGAUCGUCUGAAGCCAGGGAACGACGAGCUCAAGAAGCAGACGGAGAAACAUCUGGACGAGUUUGCGAGUCAUGGGCUGCGGACGCUGACCUUGGCGUACAAGAUCCUGCGAGAGGACGAGUACGAAGCUUGGAGCGAACUGUACAACGAAGCUACCGCCUCCCUCGAUGACCGCGAAGAGAAGACCGAGGCCGCCUGCGAGAAGCUCGAGCGCGACCUUCGCCUCCUCGGCGCCACUGCCAUCGAGGACAAGCUCCAGGACGGCGUCCCCGAGUGCAUCGCUGACCUUAAGCUCGCGGGGAUCAAGAUCUGGGUCGCCACGGGCGACAAGCUCGAGACCGCGAUCGCCAUCGGGCACAGCACGAACCUCAUCUCGCCCGAGUCAAACAUCAUCAUCGUGCGCGGGAGCAGCGGGGACGGCAGCCGGCCAGUGCACCAGCAGAUGAUUGCGGCGGUUGAGGAGUUCUUCCCGGAUAGUGGGGUCUUGGACGAGUUCGAGGAGUUCCGUGAGUUCAGGCAGGCAAGGGAGAAGGAGGGGACGGCGCCGCAUCCGCUGCACCGUGUCAAUACUGGGGUGUCGAGCAUCGUUGGUCCGGAUAACGGCGAGAGACCUGGCGGAUUUGUGCUGGUAAUCGAUGGCUCUGCGCUCACUGAUGCCUUCGCGGAUGACUCAAACAAGACUCUGCUCUUACGCCUGGCCAUGCAAUGCGAAGGCGUCAUUUGCUGUCGCGUCUCGCCUUUGCAGAAAGCGCUCGUGGUCAAGAUGGUCAAGAAUGGACUGCACACGAUGACGCUUGCCAUCGGCGACGGCGCCAACGACGUGUCUAUGAUUCAGGCCGCGGACGUUGGUGUGGGCAUUUCCGGCGAGGAGGGCUUGCAGGCUGUCAACUCGGCCGACUAUGCGAUCGCGCAGUUCCGCUUCCUCAAGCGGUUGUUGCUCGUUCAUGGUCAUUGGUCGUAUGCACGAAAUGGGAAUAUGAUCGUCAACUUCUUCUACAAGAAUAUUAUCUGUAUCGGCGUGCUGUGGUGGUAUCAGAUCUAUUGUGGCUGGAGUUCGGCAUAUGCUUUUGAAUACACAUAUCUGCUGUGGUGGAACGCGUUCUUCACAAUCGCUCCUGUCAUCGCGAUCGGAUUGUUCGAUCGUAUAGCAGACGACCAUGUCAUGAUGGCCCUCCCCGAACUGUACCGACAUGGUCGAGAAGGCAAAUGGUUCAACCACCCGCUGUUCUUCAUCUACAUGUUCGAGGGAGUCUUGCAGUCCGUCAUCAUAUUCUUCUUCAUCUACUAUGCGUACGGGAAGUCGCCUACCGCGCGUUCUGACGGGUGGGCAAACUUCCAAUACGAGUUCACAACGACUAUGGCCGUGGCCGCUGUCAUGGUGGCCAAUCUCUACAACGGUUUGAACACCAAAGUGUGGACUGGUUGGGUGUUCUUCGCUGUCCUGAUAGGCAUUGUUCUGGUCUGGGGCUAUACUGCAAUCUACACCACGAUCGCGCCCGGCUGGUUCUACACGCCCGUCUACGGCAACUACAGGUUCCUCUUCGAGUCGCCGUACUUCUGGUUCGGAGUCCUUCUUACCACCCUACUCUGCCUUCUUCCUCGCUACAUCUACCAAGCCGUCAAGUUCGGAUACUUCCCCGACGACUUCGACAUCGUGCAGUACAUGCAGAAGGUCGACCCCAACCGGAAUUACGAAGACUGUCGGCAGCCGCCUAGUCAUCUCGCACACCUUCGGCGGACUACCUCCCGUGCAUCCCAGGCAUCGAGGGCCGGGAGUGUCGCGUCGGCUGUUCGGCCACCGAUGGACCCCCGGGUCAGCAGUCGCACGGACAUGGCGACUGGCAUGCGCUCUGUCCAUCGCGGUUUCGACUUCGCUACGGAGGAGAACGGGGUGGCGAUGCGGCGCAUACAGACCAAUCUGUCCGAGCAUCGGGCGGCGAGCCGCCACCAUCUCCCUCGACUGCACAAACCCAACCGGGACUCGACCCUUUCGCAAGUCUUCUCACUUCGUGGAAGGUUCAGGAAACGGCCGACGUCGGGGGACAAGACGGAGACUUCAUGAUGACCUGCUCCCGCGAGGGGCUUACGCCCAUGACUUGGAUCGGAUUGGAUUGCCUUUGAUUAUGGACCCACGACCAGCUUAGAUCCGCUGCUGCUCCUGUACGCAUACGAUACGACACUGCCACACGCUGUCCCCAGCAUCCCUCGAUCUUGCCUCGCAUGCUUUCUCGUUGUCUGCUCCAUCUGUAUUACUAUCGGUCCAAGGGACUCUUGCCUUAUGUUACGACUCUGUUAUUGCUUUAUCACCUACUUGCGUUAUUAGGGUUAACGCGCCACCUAUUAUUCGAUCUCGCUUUGUGCACGAUAUUAGUAUCACGACCUGACUGCUCGAGAUGCAAAUUGGCUCCUUCGACUUCGUUACCUCCGGCGUCGAGCGGGACGGGUGGACAUGAAUGGCUCGGACUUCUGUAUCUCGGUGCAUGAGUUGCUCCUGGUCUCGGUCGUUACA